UUGGCCCAUACCACACCCGACCCGAGCACCACCCAGUCCCCAUCCCCACUCCGAGUCCCCAGCUCCAAAGGCACUCCGCCGCCGCCGCCGCCAUCCAUCCAUCUCCGCCGCUGCCGCCGCCUACCUAUUCCACCCACGAACCGUAGCCAGCGCUCGCGGAGGACACACGGCAUGGAGGAGCCGAUGUCCAGGCUCGACCACGACCUAAUGGCGGAGAUCCUCUCUCGAGUGCCCUACAAAUCACUCUGCAUCUGCAAGUGUGUGUGCCCUGCCUGGCGCGACCUCAUCGCCGAUCCGGCGAAUCGGAAGAAGAUUGUGCAGUCCCUGGCCGGUUUCUUCUACCACAUCCCGGCCGACUCUGCCGAGUCCCGCGGCUUGGCCGUCAACUACGCCGACCUGUCUGCCUUCCCUUGGUCAAGCGUGCCUUCUACCUACCCGCGCUUGCCACUACCGCCAGACAGCGCAGACUGUUUCCUCACUGUCAAGGAUUCCUGCGAUGGGCUGUUUCUUACCCGGAUUGGGAGGGGCACGCCGGAGCCACAAUUUGGCUACAUGGUCUCCAAUCCAGCUACCAGUGAGUAUACUCUGCUGCCCCACUCUGGCUACGCCGGCAAGUGCUGUGGCUCUUACUUGGGCUUCGACAGUGGUGUCUCCACUCAAGAGUUUCAUGUGUUCGAGUUUGUGAUGGGAUGGCCAGACCAAGACCAGGAUGGGGUUCCCCCGGUUGUCACAGGACUCAACAUUUACUCUUCCCAAACUGGUGCAUGGGUAGCAAUGGAACCCAAAUGGGACAUCCAAGUUAGCUUGUGCGACGGUCAACUUGGAGUUUUCCGUGGGGGGUGUUUGCACCUGCUCAUACAUCUUGAUGGGCUGGCAAUUGUUGAUGCACAAGGGCUAAAAUGGAGGACCAUCCCCGUGCCAAAUUUCAUCGAUCCGAGUUUCUCGGGUUUCAUCGGAAAAUCUGCAGGACAACUGUUUUAUAUCAACUCUGACGACAGUGAAGAAGGAUAUGGCUCGACCUCAUUCUCAACUAUAUCUGUCUACGUUCUCGGUAGCGGGAUCUAUAACUGGGAUGCGUCUUAUUUGGACGACGGAUGCACGCAUUGGAUAUUGCUGCACAAGCUUUCAGAAGUGAUUCCAAAGGAGAAUUUUUGUCUCGGCUGGGACCUCAAAGUCGUCGGAGUACACCCACAUGCCAAUAUCAUCUUUAUGGCUGAUUUCAACAAUAAUGAACUGUUGGCAUAUGAUUUGGAUCAUCGUGAAAGUACAUCUGUACACCACAUUGAGCGGACCUACCUCGCGCAUGAGCAAUAUUUCCCAUAUGUGCCGCUGCUGUCCAGCCUACGGCUGGCAACUCCCAGUUGAUGAAUAUUCCACUGAUUGAGAAUGGGAAGCCAUGGACGAGGUGCUCAGUUGGCCGUUGCGUUUUCAAGUGAACUGUUCACAAAGAUUCAAACGGAGAUGAUGUAUUGUAUGAGACAUUUCCGUGUGUAACUCUAUUGGCUAAGCCAGAAUUAUUUAUCUUCUACUAUGGAUGUGUACAAGACACUUGAUGUUUGCAUAUGUGUGCACCAUGUAAUGUGAUCAUGCUAGCUCAAAAGGUUGAGAAAGAGAGGAUCCUCAGGAAACUUCUAUUGAAGCUCCGAAGGUUGUACUGAUUUUCCUCUUGGCCUCACACAUAAGUGCGGAAUAUAUUCAGUCAGAUAUGCAUAUAACCUUGCCAGAUCACAACUACUCUGGAAAAAUCAAAGUGAUGAUGCUAAAGUUAGCAUGGUCAAAUCAGGGGACUAUGGAAAAAGCUUGGAGAAAACUAUUGAGAAUUCAAUGCCCUAACUAGAUGAAGUUGGUUUUAUUCAUGUGCGAUCAACCCCAACAAGGCAAUGGUUAAUGGACUGGAUUAGCGAACCAUUGGAGUUCGACUUCUUGUUCCUUUGUGUUGCUGAAAAUAUCUAGGGUUAUAUCGAUUUUGUCUCGCUGAAUGGCAUCAAUUCAGCAGGCUCCAAUAGGUGUGAGACGCUGCCGAUGUAAACUCAGGAAUAUAUGAUCUCCGUCGCUGGAAAGCUUGUUGAUGAUCAAUAUGGAUGCUGCGACUUUUUCAGAAUCUGGAUGCGCUGGUUUCAGAGUAGUAAUGCGUAAUCACCUGGGACUGGUGACUUCUGAUUUUCCCUCCGUGAUUAAUGAAGUUCAACAACAAGGCCUCAAUAGAUCUCUCCCUGGACCAUUUUAUGUAAUGAACAAUUAUGAAUGAAUGGAAGGGACCUGCCCAUUUCCCAAAACACACGCGCGAGCCUACGGCGAGAUGGCUGCAAACUUUCUCUUUGUCGUCUUCAAGUCCUCGUCAUUGCGCUAGCCAGUGCUUUCCUCCUCACCCCAGGUAUGUAUGUCUGUUCAUGCCUCUAUUCCGCCCUUUGCAAGCUUUCAGUUCCUAUCCAAGAAGUGCAGGUUCUCGCGAAACCUUGAGGCCGGAUAAAUGCCAUGUUUGGAACAUAGGAGAGGAGGGACUUCCUCUGCUUCGACAUCUAUUGCAAAAUAAAAAUGUACUGCUUCUGCUUUCUUGGGCUCAUCAGAAAAAUUGACUUGCCUCUGCCAGUAUCAAACAGGCGGUGUAACUUUACAGUACGCUGUUCACUCUGUUUUAGAGAAGAAAUAAGUAUUUUAGGGACACUUCUAGCAAAAUAAUGAUGAUAAGAGUUGAUUUUUUCUAGUGGAGAAGCGUGUCAGGGAUUGUAUUGUA